ACGGCAUGGCAGACUAGAGGGGCGAUGAGGAAGAGAGAGAGAGAGAGAGAGAGAGAGAGAGAGAGAGAGAGAGAGAGAGAGAGAGAGAGAGAGAGAGAGAGAGAGAGAGAGAGAGAGAGAGAGAGCAAGAGAGAGAGAGAGAGAGAGAGAGAGAGAGAGAGAGAGAGAGAGAGAGAGAGAGAGAGAGAGAGAGGGAGAGAGAGAGAGAAAGAGAGAGAGAGAGAGAGAGAGAGAGAGAGAGAGAGAGAGAGAGAGAGAGAGAGAGAGAGAGAGAGAGAGAGAGAGAGGGAGAGAGAGAGAGAGAGAGAGAGAGAGAGAGAGAGAGAGAGAGAGAGAGAGAGAGGGAGAGAGAGAGAAAGAGAGAGAGAGAGAGAGAGAGAGAGAGAGAGAGAGAGAGAGAGAGAGAGAGAGAGAGAGAGAGAGAGAGAGAGAGAGAGAGAGAGAGAGGGAAGAGAGAGAGAGAGAGAGAGAGGGGGGGGGGAGAGAGAGAGAGAGAGAGAGAGAGAGAGAGAGAGAGAGAGAGAGAGAGAGAGAGAGAGAGAAGAGAGAGAGGACGUAGAACAAGGAGGGCCGACGCGGAAGAGAAGGACGAUGCGGGAGAGAGAGGGAUGACGCGGGAGAGAGAGGGACGAUGCGGGAGAGAGAGGGACAACGCAGGAGAGGGAGAGACGACACGGAAGAGAGAGGGACAAGGCGGGAGAGGGAGAGACGACGCAGAAGAGGGAUGUCAAGAAGAGACAUGGACGACAGGGGCGUCGAUGGUGAGAGAGGGACGACGAAG